ACCGCAAGAAUUGAAGUCAAUCUUCUGUCAAUAAGUUAAAUUAGAAAUAUUAACAUGUCUUCUAGUAAACAAAAACGUAACUUUCGCAAACGGCGAUGUUCAUCGUCAUCCGAAAGUGCUGAUGAAGAUGCUGAAUCUGGGAAUACGGAUCAAGUUGCAAGCAGUAUGACUGAUAUAAAAUUGCUUCAGAAGUUGAGAGAAAAACCAAGAGGAGUUAAUGCAGCCAGUUUAGCCUUUGGUAAAAGUACAAAAAAGGAUGAAAUUGAAGCUAGUGACCCGUUCAAAAUGAAAACUGGUGGAAUUGUUGAUAUGAAAGCUUUAAAGAACAGCGUAUCACUGCAAGGAGGUGACAUAGAAUCAAUAGGAACAGCUUUUGCUGCUGAGACAAACAUUCGAGACGAAGAUGCGGAAAUGUUGAAAUAUGUAGAGGAAGAAUUGGCCAAGAAGAAAGGGCAUGUUACAGAAAAAAGCCAAGAGAAACAAGCUCAUGCCGAAGAUGCACUUUACCAACUUCCUGAAAACCUAAAAGUUGAAUCAUCUACAAAGAAAAGUGAAGACAUGUUGUCAAAUCAGAUGCUGUCUGGGAUUCCAGAAAUUGACCUUGGAAUUGAUGCUAAAAUCAGAAACAUUGAACAUACAGAAGAUGCCAAACAGAAGCUUGUUCAAGAAAUGAUGAAGAAGAAAGACAGUGAAGUCUCUGAAUUUGUUCCUACAAAUAUGGCUGUGAAUUUUGUACAACACAAUCGCUUUACAAUUGAAGAAAGUGGACCGCGAUUAAAAGACAAGCAUUUACUUCUGAAACCAAAGCUUCUCAGAGUGGGAGAUGCUGAGAAAAUUGGUGAAAUGGAUAAAAAAUCUAGAAGAGUUGCAGUCGAACCUGAGGAAAAGGCAACUGAUGACUUCCAUUAUGAAAGAUUUAAGAAACAAAUGAGACGUUAUUAGGCAAACAAAAAUUUGAAAACUUUUCUUUCUGUAUGUCUUAUCCCAUUAAAGUUUGAUGGCCUAACAUCAUUCAUAACUCAUGUGACUGAGAUGUACAUCUACAUUCAUUGUAAAUUUUUGAUAAUUUCUGUAGAUACUUUAUAUAAAUAUCUAAAUUUACAACUUAUUAAAUAUGUUAAUUUACUCAUGAAA